AUGUCAUCUUUCGGUCGCUUCUUCACUGUCACCACCUAUGGUGAGUCGCACUGCAAAUCUGUGGGCUGCAUCGUUGACGGCGUUCCUCCUGGAAUGAGCCUGACAGAGGAUGAUAUUCAGCCUCAGCUGAGCAGAAGAAGACCUGGCCAGUCGAAACUAUCCACGCCCAGAAACGAAAAGGACAAAGUGAUGAUUCAGUCGGGUACCGAAUUUGGCAAAACUUUGGGUACGCCCAUCGGCAUGAUGGUCUUGAACGAGGACCAGAGACCCCACGACUACAACGAAAUGGACUCUUAUCCAAGACCUUCACACGCGGAUUUCACCUACUUGGAAAAAUACGGUGUCAAGUCCUCCUCGGGUGGUGGUCGUUCAUCCGCCAGAGAGACGAUUGGCCGUGUGGCCGCUGGUGCCAUUGCCGAGAAGUUCCUAAAGCAACUCUCAAAUGUCGAAAUUGUCGCUUUCGUCACUCAAGUUGGCGCCAUCAAGAUGAACCGUGAUCCCCUAGACGCCAAAUUUCAGCACGUCUUGAACACUAUCACCAGGGAGAAAGUCGACAGCAUGGGUCCGAUCAGAUGCCCAGAUUCUUCUGUCGCCGAAUCCAUGGUUCACGAAAUUGAAAAAUACAGAGGCAACAAGGACUCCAUCGGUGGUGUUGUCACAUGCGUCAUCAGAAAUCUACCUGUGGGACUCGGCGAGCCUUGUUUCGACAAGCUAGAGGCGAUGCUAGCUCACGCCAUGUUAUCUAUUCCAGCUUCCAAGGGGUUUGAGAUCGGAUCCGGUUUCGAAGGUGUCCAGGUUCCUGGCUCACAGCACAACGACCCUUUCUACUACGACGAAGAAAGCAAGAGGCUCCGUACCAAGACAAACAACUCAGGUGGUAUUCAGGGUGGUAUCUCCAAUGGAGAAAACGUCUACUUCUCAGUGCCCUUCAAGUCGGCAGCCACUAUCUCUCAAGAGCAAAGUACAGCGACUUACGAUGGUGAGCACGGUGUGCUAGCCGCAAAGGGUAGACAUGACCCAUCUGUGACACCAAGAGCCGUGCCAAUUGUUGAGGCCAUGGCCGCUUUGGUUCUUGCCGACGCUGUAUUGGUACAAAAGUCGCGUGAAUUUGCCAAGAACAUUGUAAGUUAA